GAUAAUAUCCGUUUAAAAUGGAUGCGGAUAUUUCCUCUUUAAACGGAUACGGAUGAGGACGCCGUGUGUCUAUACAUAUAUAUAUAUGCUACUACACUUAGACAUGGACAUGAUGUUAGGCUCCUUUGGUUCUUCCUCGUCGUCAUCAAGAUCCCAUGAUCACUUUGAUGCCGUCAACACCAAUCAUCUUCGCCCACUUGUUCAUCAUCAUCGGACUACGGAUAUUGAUGGCGUGGCGGCCGGCUUGCAGUACGGCCGGCUGUCUGCGCCGCCCGCCACCCAGCUGAGGCAGCUCCUCCUCACCUGCGCCGAGCUUGUUUCCAGAUCUGACCUCUCCGCCGCCCACCGCCUACUUUCCUUCUUGUCCGCCAACGCUUCCCCUCUCGGCGACUCCGCCGAGAGGCUGGCGCACCAGUUCGUCCGGGCGCUCUCCCACCGCCUCCACCGCCACGUCAUCCCCCUCCCGCCGCCCGACCCGGCCGCCCUCCAGUCUUCCUACCUGUGCCUCAACCAGGUCACGCCCUUCCUCCGCUUCAUCCACCUCACCGCCAACCAGGCCAUUCUCGAGGCCGUUGACCGCGGUCAACGGCGCGCGGUCCACGUCGUGGACUUCGACAUCAUGCACGGCGUCCAGUGGCCGCCGUUGAUGCAGGCUCUCGCCGACAGGUACCCGCCCCCGGCGCUACGGAUCACGGGGACGGGGCGGGACCUGGAAACCCUAAGGAGGACCGGGGACCGCCUCGCGAAAUUCGCCCACUCCUUAGGGAUGAGGUUCCAGUUCCACCCCGUCCUGGCGGACGACAACGGCGGGGACCCGCCGCUGUCGUCCAUCGUUUUCCUCCCGGACGAAACCCUAGCGGUGAACUGCACCCUCUACCUCCACCGCCUCCUGAAGAGUGGGGACCGGCUCCGACUCUUCCUCUGCCAGAUAAAGGAAAUGAGGCCGAAGGUGGUGACGGUGGCGGAGAGGGAGGCGAGCCACAACCACCCCCUCUUCCUGAAGAGGUUCGUGGAGGCGGUGGACCACUACGCGGCGGUGUUCGACUCCCUGGAGGCGACACUGCCGCCGAGCAGCAGGGAGCGGGCGGCGGUGGAGCAGGUGUGGUUCGGGGGCGAGAUCGCGGACAUCGUAGCGGCCGAGGGGGAGAAGAGGGGAGAGCGGCACGAGAGGUUCGGGUGGUGGGAGGAGGUGAUGCGGGGCUCCGGGUUCAGAAAUGUGGGGCUCAGCCCGUUUGCCCUGUCCCAGGCCAAGCUCCUACUAAGGCUCCAUUACCCUUCGGAAGGGUACCAGCUUCGGGUCAUGCCCCCCGAUUCGAAUUGUUUCUUGCUUGGAUGGCAAAACCAACCACUCUUCUCUGUCUCUUCUUGGCACUGAUUACCAUCACUCUCAGCUAGCUACGUCAUCAUUAUUAAUUGUCAUUAUUAUUGCUUAAUAAUAGGAGUAAUUAAUGAAAAAACCCUAACCCU